ACCUUUCAGUCUCUGCCCUCUGUUUAGGGACGUAAUAAAACACUUAACUUUCCGGGGCUGAGAUUUUCCUCAGGUCGUCCGUCCCCCCCACUGCCCUUAGGCCCAAAGGAGACUCUCCCCAACUUUGGGGCCCCUUUCCCCUCUAGACUUGGUUUAGUAGGGGCUCAAGGAAACUCAGGCAUCCUUGCUGAAGAGCUGCAGUACGUGUUUCCCCAGAAGCCCUUUCUUUCUUUCAAGGACCUUCCUUCCCCCACCCACCCAUAAAAGAGAUUUAAAAAUACAUAGAAAAUCAACACUCAUUGAAAGCAAAACUUCAUUAAGAUGUCCUAUCUUCCAUCAUUCAAUUUGUUGUACAUUGCAACAAUUUAAUAUCUUGCAGGAAAUAUCACUGACAUGAUUUAUCCCUCUAGCAAUCUCUUUCUGAAAUGGGGGGGUGGAAUUUACUCUUUCUUUGGCCUGUUCUACGUGUUACACCACUACCCUUAGGGCAGAAAUGAGUCUGGGAACUCUGAGAGCGGCUACUCCUGUCCAGGGGUGCACUGACUUGUUCCUUAGCUCAGCCCCCUGGGUCUCCCCGCCCCUAUUUCUCUCUCUCUCUCUCCCUUUUGCCCUCCAGGGGGCCUGGAGCCCCAGCCAGCUGUUGGAAACCUCUGUUCAGGCAUGCCAUGAAUUGGAGGACAACUGGAUUCUAGAGGGGAUAGCAAUUCACGCUAGUGUCUGUGUUUGUGAACCUGUCACGUCACCCCAAAAUGAGACGAUUCAUCUAAAAAUUUCUUCUUAAUUUAAGAACCCUCCUCUACCCUUUCACCUUCAUCUCCGUGGGGAGAGGAAAGUAUGGUCCAAGAGGAAGAACCUUUGUAAUUAAGGGGUCUUUCCCCUACCCUUCUAAAUAACAGCAAAUUCCCUUCUCUGAAGGACUGAGCCUGUAUUUUCAAAAGCCAACACAAAUUAUUUGGCAGGAAGACUCUUCAACCCGGUAAGGAGCUUCAUGUAUUAACUAACAUGUUGUCGCCACCAGCUCCUGCACACUGUCUGCUUUUGGGUUCAAAAACUUUAUCCCCCCACCCCAGCGACACUCCAGGGAAACCUUAACGUUACAGAAGAUGAAUAAACGAGUUUUUUUCCCAGCAUAGUGCCGUUUAUGGCUUUAUUGCUACCCAUUGAUUACUCCGCUUUGUUACACAGAAGGAAAAGAUCAUAAAAUCUGGCGACAUCCGGGUCCUUGUUAUAGCCAGUCCUCCCCCCCCAAAAAAAUGAUGAGGGGAAAAUAUGAGCUUCCAUUGCUCUCUUCACUUGCCCACCACCCCUUUUUUGUCAACUCAAAGUCGUUUUAGCCUAUGUCAGCAUAGCAAAUUAAGUUUGGAUUAAUCAGGAGUAAAACCCCAUCUGCACACCUUCCGCUGCUUCAGUUCACCCACUGCGGCUCCCUCAGACUCAGACUCAGCUGCCUUUUCCUAACCUUCUCUUCCUUUUUCUCAGCCUCAAGGUGGAAAGAAAGGGGGGGGUAGGGGCUGCUGAGAGGCUGGGCCCCACCAGGUAUGGCUGACCCUCAUGUGAGAGCUCCCCAGGAGCACUUUGCUGGAAUCUCUAAGCCCCAGAGCUCAGGUCCAAGGGUGCCUCCCUUAGCAGGGUAGAGAGCCCAGAGGGGGCAGGGGGCUUCUGACGUGUGCAAGGGCUUGAGCUUGCAAGAUGCUAAAUGUCCAUCAGAGCUCCACCAGCCUUCUCUUUCUGGCUGGAUCUUACGUGAAUUACCCCACCGGCCCUCAAUGGCUCCAAAUCAUAAAUUCUCACCAACAUAAACAGGAGUUGAUGUGUCUAGAAAGACUCUGAGUUCUUUCUCCUUCUUUUCGCUCUCUCUCUUUCACCUUUUGCUUCUUUCCCUCCCUUUCCUAUAGUAUUUUUAUACAUUCUCCCUUUUAGGCAAAAAUGCUGCCAGAGUUUCCCCCAAAAGGGGGUGCUGAGGAAGAGGCAGAGGGAGCUGGGGAGGAGGAAAGCAGUUGCCUGGCCCCUCUGCCCACCUCAGAUCUGCCACUACCCUGAAGUCUCUCCCUUACCCCUUGAGACCUACUUGCUCCCCUCAUGCCCCCUACAUCCAAGACUCUCAGCCACACCCUCCUUCCUCUGAGCAUCAUGUUUAUGAAUUUCUUCUUACUCUUGAUUUAAAAAAUUAUUGGGGAAAAAAAUGCUGGUUUGGUGAUGAGGAAUCACUUCGUGGAAUAUAAAACCAGGAUUUCCUGUAGGAUUUCUGGGGACCCCCCCUGAGCUGAGAGGGAGCCCCUCCCAUGGAGAAAUCAAGAUGUAAUUUUAGAAGAGAGCAGAUAUAAAUGAUGAAAUCGGAUUGAAAAUACAGAGAUUCCCCAGCCUGGCUCUGGCCACUGCACAGCAAAGUUAGCUGGGGCUGAGCGAGUGCAGCUCUCCUUCCCUGGGCCCCAAGGCCCUGCUCACGGACAUUCACCCUUCCUUCACCUCCACAUCAGCUCCCUUACGUGUAUAUAUAUUUUAAAAAUCCAAGUCUUACUUUCAAAGCACACACUUAGUCUCAACUAGGGAAUCAACAGAAGCAGAAGCGAUUUUUUUCCCCCUUCUUGACAUCUGGCUUGCGAUUGGCUGGAAGGGGGUCAGCUGACUUUGUCAUUUUGUCUGUCCUGGAUUGGAGCCGUCCCUAUAACCAUCUAGUUCCGAGUACAAACUGGAGACAGAAAUAAAUAUUAAAGAAAUCAUAGCCCGACCAGGUAAAGGCAAAGGGAUGAAUUCCUACUUCACUAACCCUUCCUUAUCCUGCCACCUCGCCGGCGGCCAGGACGUCCUCCCCAACGUCGCCCUCAAUUCCACCGCCUAUGAUCCAGUGAGGCAUUUCUCGACGUAUGGAGCGGCUGUUGCCCAGAACCGGAUCUACUCGACUCCCUUUUAUUCGCCACAGGAGAAUGUCGUGUUCAGUUCCAGCCGGGGGCCGUAUGACUAUGGAUCUAAUUCCUUUUACCAGGAGAAAGACAUGCUCUCAAACUGCAGACAAAACACCUUAGGACAUAACACACAGACCUCAAUCGCUCAGGAUUUUAGUUCUGAGCAGGGCAGGACUGCGCCCCAGGACCAGAAAGCCAGUAUCCAGAUUUACCCCUGGAUGCAGCGAAUGAAUUCGCACAGUGGGGUUGGCUACGGAGCGGACCGGAGGCGCGGCCGCCAGAUCUACUCGCGGUACCAGACCCUGGAACUGGAGAAGGAAUUUCACUUCAACCGCUACCUAACGCGGCGCCGGCGCAUCGAGAUCGCCAACGCGCUCUGCCUGACCGAGCGACAGAUCAAAAUCUGGUUCCAGAACCGCCGGAUGAAGUGGAAAAAGGAAUCUAAUCUCACGUCCACGCUCUCAGGGGGCGGCGGAGGGGCCGCGGCCGACAGCCUGGGCGGAAAAGAGGAGAAGCGGGAAGAGACAGAGGAGGAGAAGCAGAAAGAGUGACCGGGACUGUCCCUCCCCCCUCCUCCUCCUUCGCCCCCAGCGCCCCCUGACCACACGCUCUGUAUUUAUCGCUGGCACAACUGGUGUGUCUUGGCACCCUAAGGAGCAUUAGGGAGUCAGAUAUGGACCUGAAAGUAAACUCUGGACCCCCGCCCUCACCGCACAAACUCUCUCACUGCGCGCCGCCGCCUCUUCCUCCUCCUCCUCCUUCUCCUCCUCCUCGCUCCCUCGCUAGCUCGCUCCCGGCUUGUCUGCAGGCCCCUUCCCCCGCCCAGGCCUUGGGGGCUCUGUCCCUGAACCUCGCUUCAGACGCCCCUGUUCUCCCUCGAAGGAGGACUUGGCCUCCCACCCCCUCGGCGCCCCCUCCCGCCCCUGCGCAUAGAGCCGGCUCCCGGGCCCGGGGCCUCCACUCCGGGGCCUUAGGGCCCGGCCUGGCGGCGGGGAGGGCGGGAGGCCCAAGGAGGGCGCGUCUUGGCCCCACAGACACCCCCAGGGCCUCCCCGCAGCCCCUGCCCGGCCCCUCUGCCCCAGCAAAUGCCCAGCCCAGGCGAAUUGUAUUUAAAGAAUCCUGGGGGUCAUUAUGGCAUAUUACAAACUGUGACCGUUUCUGUGUGAAUAUUUUUAGCUGUAUUUGUGGUCUCUGUAUUUAUAUUUAUGUUUAGCACCGUCCGUGUUCCUAUCCCAUCUUAAAAAGGAAAAAAAAAAGAGAGGGAAAAUUACAAAAAGAGAAAAAAAGUGAAUGACGUUUGUUUAGCCAGUAGGAGAAAAAAAAAUAAUAAAUUUAAAAAAAUCCCCUCGUGUUACCCUCCUGUAUAAAUCCGACCUCUGGAUCCGUCCCCGAAUAUUUAAUAAAACUGAUAUUAUUUUUAAAAGUU